ACAAGACCCCCUGGAACAACUCCUAAAAUCUAGAAAAGUGCAUUCGAUUUUCUGGUUUCUGGAAGGUAUCAUUUUAAUAUUACAUUAAGAUAAGCACGAAUAUAUAAUUGAUUCGGAACAAAUUCGCAAACAUAAAAGUAAGAGCCUUCAGAGAUCUUUUAAGCCGCGCUCACAGAUCCUUCUCACAUAUUCACACUUAGGAGAGAAAGUAGGGAACGCCUUGUUUCUAGGUCUUGGGUGAAGGGUGUUGGAAGGAAGCAUUUGUACUUUAAGUUGGAAAAUGGAAAACUUGAAGACUCAGGGGUGUCUGGCCCUGAGCUCGGGGACGGAACUGCCCACCUGGAGGCCUUCACAUCGUAGAAUCUGCUGCUUCUCACUGGCCCAUGUGAGUGAGGCCCAGGUCACCAGCGGGCUCUAUCUUACGGGCUAGGAGUUGGUCUCGCUCCCUCUCUGGACUUCAGAGUCUCCUGUGUCUCCAAGAUGGGCCUCUCUGGAACAGCACGGUGCCCAACUAAUGGAACAGGGAGCAUGUGUGAGAUGGUAGGGUGUCCGUUUCCUGCCCUUCUCCCCCCUUGAGAAUCUGCCAGGGUGGCGUAGUCACGGGGUUGACAAGAGUGAAGGGAGGGGUGAGGCUGGGGGAGCUUAGCUGACUGGGGGUCAGACCUUCCAGGGGAAUCUUCUAAUGAUCUUAGGGCGCUUAGCUGGCCCGGCCCCGCCCCCUGCCGCCUGCCCCUGCGCUGCCCAGUGGCCAGGAGAUGAGGAAGAGGCCGGCCAGGCAGAAGAAAGGGAGGAAGAGGGCCCCGGCCUAAGGCAUCAAUCGGCAGAAGCCCAGGAAGAGGCACAGACCCCCGACAUCCCUCCAGGCCGCGAUGGGGCAGCAGUUCAGCUGGGAGGAGGCGGAGGCGGCCGGCGAGAUGGACGUGGCCGAACUCCAGGAGUGGUACAAGAAGUUCGUGGUGGAGUGCCCCAGUGGCUCUCUCUUCAUGCAUGAGUUUAAGCGCUUCUUCAAGGUCACAGGCAACGAGGAGGCCACCCAGUACGUAGAGGGCAUGUUCCGAGCCUUCGACAAGAAUGGGGACAACACCAUCGACUUCUUGGAGUAUGUGGCCGCCCUGAACCUCGUGCUGAGGGGCACCCUGGAACACAAGCUGAAGUGGACCUUCAAGAUCUAUGACAAGGACCGCAACGGCUGCAUCGACCGCCUGGAGCUGCUCGACAUUGUGGAGGCAAUCUACAAGCUGAAGAAAGCCUGCAGGGUGGAGGAGGAGGCCGAGCAGCAAGGACAGCUGCUCACACCCGAGGAAGUGGUGGACAGGAUCUUCCUUCUGGUGGAUGAGAACGGAGAUGGCCAGCUGUCUCUGAAUGAGUUCAUUGAAGGUGCCCGUCGUGACAAGUGGGUGAUGAAGAUGCUCCAGAUGGACAUGAACCCCGGUGGCUGGAUCUCUCAGCAGAGGCGGAAAAGCGCCAUGUUCUGAGGGGUCUGGGGCCUUCGGGAGUCCACAGGCCCCUCCAAGACUCCGGGUUCACCAGGUUUCCAGAGUAGUGGGAGGGGCCCUGGCUCAGCCUGUGUAUGCUCACUCUUAUCUGCCCCCCCCCCCCAUGAAAGGGGUUGGAACCAAGCAGGGGGUAGGGGCCGUUGGGCUGAAGUGGCCAAUGGGAGACGGUCCACUGGGAGGAUGUACUGGGGUGGUGAA